AUGGAUACACAGAGCUACAAGGCGCAAAAGGAUGCCAUCCUCUUCGCUGUCGAAGUGAGCGAGACCAUGCUCACACCACCUCUCCCCUCAGACUCUAAAAAGGCAGACCGGGACAGCCCUGUCCAGGCAGCCUUGAAAUGCGCCUACCAUCUCAUGGAGCAACGCAUCAUCUCCAAUCCAAAGGAUCUGAUGGGCGUCCUGCUAUUCGGCACGGAAAAGUCCAAAUUCAGUAGUCGACAGGAGGAUGAACAAGGAGGAGGUGGUGGUGGUGGUGGUGGCCUGAGCUACCCCCACUGCUACCUCUUCACGGACCUCAACGUCCCGGACGCCCAGGACGUCAAGGCGCUCAAGGCCCUGGCUGAGGAGGGCGAGGACGAGGAGGAGGUUCUCAAGCCUACCAAGGAGACGGUGCUCAUGUCCAGCAUGCUCUUCUGCGCCAACCAGAUCUUCACCACCCGGGCGGCCAACUUUGGCAGCCGGCGGCUCUUCAUCGUCACGGACAAUGAUGACCCGCACGGGUCGGACAAGGCUGCCAAGUCGGGCGCCGCUGUAAGGGCAAAGGAUCUGUAUGAUUUAGGAGUCACGAUUGAUAUAUUUCCUGUUGUACGAGGCGAUGCCACCUUUCGCGUAGAACAGUUCUACGAUGACAUCAUCUACCAUGAUGCCACCGCGGGUGAGGCCAACAUGUCCGAGAUCCGACACUCGAAGUCAGGAGAUGGCCUGUCUCUCCUGUCCUCGCUGAUCUCCAAUAUCAACUCUAAGCAGACAGCUAAGAGGGCGCUAUUCUCCAACGUCCCCUUUGAGAUCGCCCCUGGCCUGAGGAUUUCGGUCAAGGGGUACAAUGUGGUGCACAGGCAGACGCCUGCCAGGACAUGCUACAUCUGGCUCGAAGGCGAGAAACCCCAGCUUGCCACGGGCGAGACGACGAGAAUCGCCGAGGACAGCGCACGGACGGUGGAAAGACAGGAGAUCAGGAAAGCGUACAAAUUUGGCGGCGAGUACGUCUACUUUACGCCAGAAGAGCAGAGACAGCUACGCGAUUUCGGAUCACCCAUCAUCCGCAUCAUCGGCUUCAAACCACGCGACUGCCUGCCGCCGUGGGCCAGCGUGAAGAAGAGCACUUUCAUCUACCCAAGCGAGGAUGACUACGUGGGGUCCACGCGCGUGUACACGUCCCUGUGGAAGAAGCUCGUGCGGGACAGCAAGAUGGGCAUAGCAUGGUGUAUCACGCGAACUAACGCGCAGCCUGUCCUGGUGGCCAUCCUGCCCUCUAAGGAGCUCACGGAUGACGACCGCGGUAGCCCCCAUGUCCCCUCGGGCCUCUGGCUGUACCCUCUCCCCUUCAUCGAUGACCUGAGGGACUCGAAACCCCCCGAUAACCAGUCCAGGAGCUCCGACGAGCUCAAGAACCAGAUGCGCACCGUGGUGCAGCAGCUCCAGCUCCCCAAAGCAAUGUACAAUCCGCUCAAGUAUCCCAACCCCAGCCUCCAGUGGCACUACAGGAUCCUCCAGGCCAUGGCGCUAGAAGACGAGGUCCCCUCCAAAGCAGACGACGCUACGGAGCCCAAGUACAAGGCCAUCAGCAAGCGUGCCGGGGGUUAUCUAGAGGACUGGUCGGAGACGCUCAAGCAGGAAGCCGCCAAAGCGCGUCAGACACGCGCCAUAAAGCGUGAUCCAGAUGACUCUGCAGCAUUGCCUGAACGGCCUAGCAAGAAGAGCCGCGGUGGUGUGCCGGUGGCAGGUGGUGGCAAGCCGGGGCUCGACCUGGCUCAGAUCAAGGCGGCUGUGGAGAGCGGCGCGAUCACGAAGAUGACGACGGCGGAUCUCAAGGAUGUGCUGGUGGCUAGGGGACUCAGCACGUCUGGCAAGAAGAUGGACUUGAUUGAGAGGAUUGAGCAGUGGGUUGAGCAGGCGUGA